AUAAUUAAACAACCAUCAAUGCGAUGUUAACAGAUUAGAAACUAAUGAAAUUUGAAAUAUAUUUUUAAGAUAAUAAGAAGACACUGAACUGAAAUACUACCUCAUGUGUGUUGUAAAUUGAUCUAAUUAUAGAACUGUGUCUGUUUUUAAAUAUUCAAUCCAGUAUUUUCGCCGAUGCAAACGGAUUGAUUGUUACAUUGAUUUAAGCCAUUAUAAUAUGACAACGUUUACCAUACCUUCUUGUUUUAUAACGGUAUAUAUAAAACAAACUGUUUUGAGUUUCAGAAAAUGAAUUCUGAAUGCAAGAAAAGGAUACAUCGUUCUAGUGCAAUACGAAAUCGUAGUCGGGAGCGUGUGAGCGUCAGGCGGAGUUGUAGUCGGGAUACGCGUGCGAGCGUCAGGCGAAGUCGCAGUCACAGCCGACGGGAAGAUGACCGCCAAAGUCGGAGUAAGAGUAGAAGUCCUAUCUUGCCAAGGCGACGCGAAAGACGUGUGCGUACCCCACCGAGGAACACAUCUAGACCAAGCCGUAUUGACGGAGAAACAUACCCACCUCGAAUAUGUAGGGCACACCGUAGCCGAAGUCCUGUGAGGGGAUUUAGUGAUGCCGAGGAUGGUAUGGAUAUGGCCAGGAGUGCUCCUAGACAAUAUGCCACUGAUGACAGGAACUAUCAGCGUAAUCGAAGCCGGGACCGAAGUCAGCUGAGACGUCAACGUGAGCAGAGUGAAGAGUGUGAAGCCCUGAAAAGACGACUUGCAGCCUUGGAAAGUCAGUUGGGAAGGGAACGAGUGAUCAAUCAACGCAGAAGGAAUGAGAAUCGAGUGUCAGAGCCACGAAAUAGCCCGGAGCCUAAGGACUCAAGGUAUGACUCAGCAUCUUUAUUUUUUAAUGAGUUUGCAAAGUUCUUUAAAAAUAAGCCUGGUGACCGUGAACACUUCCCAUCGCACAUGAAUAAUGUUAUCCCUGAGUUUGACCCCCUUCUUAAGCAACAAACGAUCCAAGUUUGGUUAGACAAGGUAGAUGAGUGCGCCGAGAUUUAUGAAUGGUCCGAUAAACAGAUAGUACAUUACGCUCUUCCAAAACUGAUAGGACAUGCAAAGCUUUGGUAUCAAGGCCUACCAUCCCUAAAACGUACUUGGAUGGAAUGGAAACAGUUGUUAAAGGAGUCGUUUCCAUCCACCGAAAAUUAUGCAGAUUUGCUGACAGAAAUGUUAGGGAAACGAGCACGAUUUGGCGAUAACUUUGAAUUAUAUUAUUAUAACAAAAUAAAUUUGCUUAAUCGCUGCAAAAUUUUCGGUCCACAAGCUGUAGAUUGCCUGAUUCACGGCGUAGACGAUCGUGGUGUAAGAGUAGGGGCUCAAGCAGCCAAGUUUAAAAAACCGGAAGAUGUCUUGGAGUUUUUCAAAUCUGUCCGGGACAAUAAUUUAAGACGUGAUCGACAAACUAUGAACUCCAACAUGUUUUCACGGCCUAAAAUUAGCGAACAACCUGGAACUUCAAAACAGUUAAUUUCCUCACAGCCAAUUGUUUGUUUUAAUUGCAAGCAGAAGGGUCAUCCCAGCUUUAAGUGCCCUAAGCCCUUGGUUAAGUGUUCUUUGUGUCAAUUAAUAGGCCAUACAGCGGUAGAAUGUCGUAAAAAGAAUAAUCCAGAGUCUGACAAUAAGGAUAAAACUGUUUUGAAGGUCCUGAAGGAUCAUCAUGAAACAGAGGUUCAACUAUCGAACUCAAUCAGCACCGAGAAGGAUUUAGCUGCUAAAAAUAAAUACAAUGUUCCAAUACAAAUCAAUGAUCAAACUGUAGUAGGACUUGUAGAUUUAGGUAGUGAGGCAACCUUAUUACGUCAAUCAGACGCUUUGCGAUUAAAAUUAACAUGGGAACCAGUUGAUGGUCCGUACCUACGAGGGCUUGGUAACAUUCCAUAUCUACCAGAGGGUAGAACGUUUGCGACAGUGACGGUACAAGGCGUAGUAGAAAAAGACGUAGAGAUAUUUAUUGUAACUGAUCAAUUAAUUAAUUACCCAAUCCUCCUAGGGCACAGUUUUUCAGAACGUCCCAAUUUACGCAUAACAAAAACCGCUACAGAAUUGAUUUUUGAUCGAGUCCCACUUACGGAUACGGAGUGUCCAUCUAAGGUUCCGUUGAGGGCAACUUGUGACGUCUUGAUUCCUGCAAAUGGCCUUAAGACUGUUCAUGUUAAGUCCAGUGAUGUCGUUAGUUUUAGAAUAUACGUACCUGGAUCGGUAAGGGGCUGUUCUAAUAGAGAGUAUUAUCUCCUACCAGGUGAAUACCAGAUCGUAAAUGGAGAAUGUCAUUUGUUGGUUCAUAAUUUGUGUUCAAAUGACAUUCACUUACCUGAGGACACUCUUAUAACGCGUGUUAUUGCUUUGACCCGCGAAUUAAGAAUAAACUUGACGGAAUACGAUUGCAGUCCAGCUUGUACAAUUAAUUAUGGUUCACAACUUUCGACCGAACAUAAACACAAGUUGGACACGCUGUUGACUGAAUUCAAAGAUUGUUUUUCUUCUGGCAUGCACGAUUUGGGAUUUACAACGGAAACAGAGAUGGUGAUUCAACUUAAGGACUCUGAUCCGGUUGUCUACCGCCCGUAUAGAUUGUCGUUUAGUGAACGGAGGAAGGUACAGGAUAUGAUUGACGAAAUGGUAGAUUGCGGGAUAGUUCGCCAUUCAAGUUCCCCAUAUGCCAGUCCAAUAGUUUUAAUUAAAAAGAAAACUGGGGACUUGAGGCUUUGUGUGGACUAUCGUGCCCUUAAUAGUAAGACGAAGAGAGAUCACUAUCCCCUUCCAAGGAUAGAUGAUCUACUUGACCAACUUUCAGGACAAACUAUUUUUACUACCCUUGACCUAGCCUCAGGGUAUCAUCAGAUUCCGAUAGCUAGUGAGUCUAUAGAAAGGACUGCGUUCGUAACGCCGGAUGGUCAAUACGAGUAUACUCGUAUGCCAUUCGGCCUUGCGAACGCACCCGCUGUCUUUCAGCGACUCAUUCAUAAGGUCUUAGGAAAAGCCGGAAUAAAGCAUACCAUCGUUUAUAUGGAUGAUAUACUCAUUCCGUCUAAAUCUAUCGAUGAAGGCUUAGACCGUCUAAAAGAUGUCCUUAAGGCACUUAGAGACAGUGGGUUAACGUUAAAAUUAGAAAAAUGCCACUUCUUUAAAGAAUCUAUUGAUUUCCUUGGCUUUGAAAUUAGCAAAGGUGAGAUAAGACCCGGAGCUCAAAAAACCCUAGCAGUUGCUCAAUUUGCACCUCCACAAAAUCAACAUGAUCUGAGGAGGUUUCUAGGCUUAGCUAGUUUUUUCAGACGCUUUGUAAAGGACUUCGCCUCUAUUGCUAGACCUCUCACAGACCUUUUAAGGAAAAAUACCCCUUGGCGGUGGUCACAAAAUGAAGAGGGUGCCUUUAUUAAGCUGAAAGAUAAUUUGACAAAACGACCAAUUUUGGCUCUGUAUAAUCAUGCUGCAGAGACUCAGUUACAUACUGAUGCGAGCCAAAUUGGUGUGGCAGGCAUAUUAUUGCAGAGAUUAAAUGACGAGCCAUUUAGACCUGUAGCUUAUUUCAGCCGUCGUACUACCGCUGACGAACAGAAACUGCAUUCCUUUGAGUUGGAGACGUUAGCGGUGGUAUUUUCACUCAAUAAGUUCAGGGUCUAUUUACUGGGCAUAAAAUUCACGAUCUUUACUGACUGUCACGCUUUGCGCACUACAUUUACAAAAAGAGACCUCAUUCCCCGCAUUUCACGGUGGUGGAUCCAAUUUUUGGAAUAUGACUGUAGUAUAGAAUAUCGACCGGGUGAUAGGAUGGCCCAUGUAGAUUGUUUAAGUCGAAGUCCCGUAGAAACCGAAGAAAGUGACGUACAUAACUUAGACGUAUUGAGGGUAGACGCCGUCGAUUGGAUCACUACCGUGCAAUCGGGAGAUUCAGAGAUCACUCGUAUUAAAGAAAUUUUGGAAGAUCCGGAAACCGCAAAAAUUGCUUCGAUUAGAAAGGAUUACAAAAUCAAAAAUGGGCGGGUCUUUCGCAUUAUUGAUGACACAACUGAUAGAUGGGUUGUACCUAGAGCCGUACGUUGGCAGCUUUUACGGGCAAAUCACGACGAUGUGGGCCAUUUUGGCUUUGAGAAAACUUUAGAAAGGGUGCGAGCUUCUUAUUGGUUCCCAAAAAUGAGGAAGUUUGUGAAGAAGUAUGUCUCGGCAUGCUUAGGCUGUGCUCAUCACAAAAUUCCUUCCGGGGCCAAAGAAGGGGAACUUCACCCUAUUCCCAAAGUCGAAAUACCCUUCCACACCGUUCAUGCCGAUCAUCUCGGGCCCUUCGUUCGAAGCAAAAAGAGAAACGUGCACUUACUAGUCAUAGUAGAUGCGUUUACCAAAUAUGUAAAUUUGACCCCCGUUCGUAGCACCAAGUCUAAGGCUAGUAUUAAAGUAUUCCGUCACUAUUUCAGCUUGUUUGGUAUUCCAACUCGCCUCAUUACAGACAGAGGUACUAGCUUCACGAGCCGUAAAUUCAAAUCCUUUGUAGAUGGCCACGGUAUAAAACAUAUUAUGAAUUCCGUAGCCACUCCACGUGCGAACGGCCAGGUAGAACGGUAUAACCGGACUAUCCUUUCUGCCUUAGGAGCUAUGACCCACGACAAAGGUGCUGAAACAUGGGAUGAAUACAUCCCAGAUAUUCAAAUCGGGAUUAAUACGUCUGUUCAUGCGGUUACAAAAAAAACUCCCACUGAGUUAUUGUUUGGGCGAAACGUUUCGCACGCUUCUCAGGGAGUCUUAAAUGAUGUGGCUUUGCAAGCAGAUAAUACAUCGGAAAAGACGUUAGACGAAGUAAGGGCUGAGGCGAGUAGUCGUAUUGCUAAAAAUCAAGAAAUCAACAAAAGUCGAUAUGAUCUACGUAGGAAAAGGGCUACUAAUUAUAAAGAGGGUGAUUUGGUCAGGAUAAUUAAAGCUGUACCAUCGGGCACCGGACAGUCAAAGAAAUUAGAGCCCAAAUGUCAAGGUCCAUACAAAAUUAAAAAGAUCUUACCUAAUGAUAGAUUUGUAGUAGUAGACACCCCGCUGACUAGAAAAGGUAGACCAUACGAGGGUGUAAUAUCCAUUGACAAAAUGUUCCCCUGGCUAAGCUUUAGCGCGAAUUAUACGUCUAGUGAAGAGAGUGGUGAAGAAUAUGUCCCUAAACUAACGAAAAAGGGGUAUUGUGUGACGGUCACUGGCAGCUUGUUAUGUUACUUAAUCAGAAUUUAAAUUUAAUUUUAGUUUAUUAAUCGACUUUUAUUUCUUAAUCAUGCUGAGUUGUAAAUUGUUUAUUUUUGAUGGAUUGAUACUGAUGAAAUGAUUAAGAUAGAAAUAUUUGAUGUCAUUUGAGAUGACAGAAAAUAGGUGUCAUUUGAGAUGACAGAAAAUGGGUGUCAUUUGAGAUGACCAAACUGAGUGUCAUUUGAGAUGACCAAACUGGGUGUCAUUUGAGAUGACCAAACUGGGUGUCAUUUGAGAUGACCAAACUGGGUGUCAUUUGAGAUGACCAAACUGGGUGUCAUUUGAGAUGACUAAAAUGGAUGCCAUUUGAGACGGCUAUAAUAGGUGUCAUUUGAGAUGACCCUAACGAUUGUAAUGAAUUAAGCGAAAUAAUGUCAUUUGAGAUUACCCUAAUGAACAUAAUGAAAUUGUGAAAUACG